UUGACUGAAGUCAAUACUGGUUGAUGACCUUUGGCUCGCACUUGGAGAACUACAUAUCCUGUUUGUGUUCCGCUCAUAUCUAUAACAACAGCGGUGUGUAUCCGAGUGCCCGUUCAACACGGUAUGGGUUGCGACAGAAGGAAGUUUCAGUUGACUGUGUUGCUUAUAAAUCAGCGGGAUGAAUGACAGAACGGAAGAAGAGAUUUCACACAUCCCUGCUGUGAUGGAGACAUCAUCAUUCUCGCAGGUAGUUUUCAACGACGUCCCUCUAUCAUAUCCUCCAAACACCGCAGUGACGUGCCGAUAUACCCUCACCGGUGGCCUGCAGCCGAACCCGAGAGACUGGAUCGGCAUCUUCAAAGUUGGCUGGACUUCAACACGGAUGUAUUUUAACUAUGUAUGGGUGGAACCAUGCCUGGACCAUGUCGGACUUGAGCCAGUCUUGCAACAAGUGGUUUUCAGAGAGAGUUACCUACCCAAGGAUAAUUGGGAGUUUUACCAGUUCUGCUAUGUGGAUAGCAGCGGUUGUGUCAAAGGAGCCAGCACCCCAUUCUGCUUUCAAAACCCAGCAGAAACCAGUCUUGACUGCAGUUUGGAGAAGGAUAUUUUAGUUAUAACAACACAGGAGCAGGCAGAAAAUAUGGAAAAGGAAAAGGAGGACUUUGUGAAAGAGAUCUAUUCCUUAAAAGAAACAAAUGAGAUCCUAAGAAAUGAGCUGCAUGAAAGACUGCAUGAGAUCUGCUGUCUCAAGAACUGCCUGGAUGAUUUGAAGCCAAAAGAUAAACUGGAUACACCACUGCAAGGUGUACAGAAUUAUAAUGCCACCGAAGCGGUCAACAAAGAGCAGCCUUUGUCAAAUUCACUGACCCUUUUUCAAGAAAAGUAUGAAAAAGCUGUUCAAAAGAUCAAUAUGCUGAAGCAGGAAAAGGCUGAGUUACUGCAAAAGUUUGAACUUCAGGAAGCAGAAGCCCUUAAGCUAUAUACCGUGCUGAAAGAGACAGAGCAAAAUUGCAACAAAUUUCAGGAUCAUGUUGAGUUGCUACAGGUGGAUGUGCAAAGCAGCAGGAAACACAAUGAAAAAUUGCAUGCAGAAAUCCAGGAGCUCAGAGUGAAAAAGACCCUAGAAAAUCUGAAUGAUGAAAACAAAGCAUUACAAGUGUCCAUAUCAGAGCAAGGGGGAGAAGAAAACGAUAAAAAAGUACAGAUUCAGGCCAUGCUCACUCAGUUGACAGAAACCAGAGGGCUACUAUGUCGAGAGAUGCAGAAUUGCAAAGAAGCCAACAAACGUGCAGAAGAGGCUGAGCAGGAAUUGAAGGAAGCAAAUAAUAAGCUGGCGGAGAUGGUUGUGAAUGUAGCUGAAGCAGAGAAAAUCCAGGCACAGCUUCAUCAGGCACAGGACAAAAUGCAUGAAAUGGCUGAGACAUCAAGAUUAGACAGAGAGAAGCUCAUAGAAAAGAAUGAGGAACUGCAAGCAGAACAAGAUAAACUACGGAAGGCAUUGUUUGACUACAAAGUUGCUUCUGUUUCUGGCAUGUCCGAGCAAAUACCGAACCCUCAAAGCCCACCUGCAUCGGCCAACGCCCAGGAACAAACUUACCCACCUGACUCUCACUACUUUGAGAGCACUAAUGACUUGAUUGGAGAUCGAGCUGGAACUGAAAACAAGCUGAGGGUGUGCCAACAUUGUCAGGAGAGCUUUCCUGGUAUCAGCGAGGAAGAACUGGCACAGCACGAGGAGUCUCACAAAAUGUGUCCAUUCUGCACUCUUAUCUGUGAUGAUUGGGAACAGCAAGAGUUUGAAGACCAUGUCUACAGUCAUGAGUAGUCAAGUCAUUUUUCUGAAUCUGAAAUACUGUCUUUAGGAAAGUAUAGUGGUGGCACUGGUCAAAUUACUGAAUUGUCCAGGAUUUUCUAGAUAUAUGCUUGUCUUUUAUCAUUACCCAUUAUACAAGAGCUAGUUUUAGUCAUCUUAUUUAAUUAUACAAGCAGCAAUCCAAAGGUGCUUGUUAUUUCAAAUAACAGCAUUGGGACGUUUCACUUUUUGUAUCAUCUUACUCGUCUGUGCUUACCCCAAAGCAUAUUAUCUCUUCUUUUAGAUAAUUUUAACUCUGUCUGGUCUUCUGGACAAAUACCACCCUCCUGGAAAGAAGCAACCGUAAUUCCUAUACCUAAACCAGGAAAAGACCAUUCAGAUCCAAAUAACUACCGACCAAUCGCUCUUACCAGUUGCCUCUGUAAAACGAUGGAGAGAAUGGUAAAUAAUCGGCUUGUUUGGACUCUGGAGUCGAAGAAACAAAUAAGUGACUAUCAAUGUGGCUUUAGACGUGGAAAGUGCACCUUGGAUCAAUUAAUCCGACUGGAAACUUAUAUUAGAGAUGGUUUCAUUAGAAAAGAACAUGUUGUUGCCGUCUUUUUGACUUGGAAAAAGCAUAUGAUACAACAUGGAGAUAUGGGAUUUUGAAAGAUCUUUACCACAUGGGUUUUAGAGGACAAUUACCCAUCUUUAUUUCCAAUUUUUUGACCAGCAGAUAUUUCAAAGUCCAAGUAGGAAACACCUUGUCGGAUAUUCACAAACAAGAAAUUGGAGUUCCUCAGGGAAGCAUUCUUUCUGUCACUCUCUUCAGUAUUAAAAUAAACAGCAUUGAGAGUAUCAUUGGAUCUAAUAUAUUCUGCAGCUUAUAUGUGGACGAUCUCUGCAUCUGCUAUAGAGGGAAGAACAUGAGUACAAUUGAAAGACAACUGCAGUUAUGCAUUCACAAAAUAUAUCAGUGGUCAGUUGAAAAUGGAUUCAAAUUCUCUAAAUCAAAAACAGUCUGUACCCUCUUCUGUAUCCAGCGAUCCCUUCAUCUUGACCCUGAACUCUUCAUUAAUAGAGAACCGAUUAAUGUUGUUAAAGAAAUUAAGUUCUUAGGACUCCUUCUUGACAACAAAAUGACUUUCAUUCCUCAUUUGAAAGCACUUAAAAACAGGUGUCUUAAAGCCAUGAAUAUAAUGAAAGUACUGGCAAAAACAAAAUGGGGAGCAGAUUACAUGGUUCUUUUAUUCCAAAACAGUGCUCAAUUUUCUCUGCUGAGGCUCGUGCUUUACUUUUAGCUUUGGAGCACAUUGAAAAUUCUCUGCAAAAAAUUUUUAUAAUUUUUACUGACUCUAAAUCCUGCCUUCAAGCAAUGGACACUUUAAAAAUUGACCAUCCUUUAGUGGACUGCAUCUUAACCAAAGUGGAUUAUCUACUAAAUCAGUUCUUCAGCAUUAUUUUUGCUGGGUUCCAGGACAUGUUGGCCUUUCAGGAAAUGAACAAGCUGAUGCAGCUGCUAAGGAAGCUCUUAAUCAGGAAGUUAAUGAAUGUCAAAUCCCUCCCUCAGAUAUCAGACCGAUUAUUAACCGAUAUAUUUUAAAUAAGUGGCAAGAAGAGUGGAAUAUGUGCAAGAACAACAAGUUAUAUGUAAUUCAUCCGAAAUUU